CUAGAGGCUCCCCCUCCGCCACCGCGGAGGGGAGGUCCACCAGCAGGUAAUGGUGGCAUCAGUGUUGGCGGUCAGCAGACGACCGCCACCAGCUUCCUUCAGCUCAGCCAGGAUCAUCUUACCGCCGCCGGUCAGCAACAACACCAACAGCAAACGGCCAUCCAGCCGGGCAUGAAGCUGUUCCCCAACUACACACCACCGAUACCACCGCACCACCACAACGGCAACAACGGCAUGGCGGACGGUAACGGUCCGGCCAACCAUCACUACCACCAGAUAACCUACCAGACGCAAACACUCGCCCCGUUGCGGCUCAAUCAGGAGCACUUCCUGCCGCACGGUGCCAGCAAAACGAACACGGUCAGUGCGUCCGCAGUCAAUCAGCCGCGGUCGCUGCACUCCAAAUAUCAAACCCACCAUCACCAUCUGCAUCACCACCAUCAGCAGCACAGUCCGGGCGCAGGCUAUUCGAUACAACCGGUCGGUGGGAACGUAUCACCCGGUCCGCACAGCUACUCACCCGACGCACAGCUGCAUCAUCAUCAUCAUCACCAUCAUCACCAGCAGCAACCGCCGCCACAUCAUCAUCUCCCGCAUCGCGACGAUAUGUCCGAUCGGGAGGACGACGAUGAUGACACGCUGGACGUGAACGAUGGUGAGGAGUGUGGUAGCGGUCAGAGUGAAGCCACCUCACCGCCACAAAGUCCCCUAUCGCCCGUCCCACCAGAGCUGCCCAUCCGGAACGGGCUGCUGGUGGCAGCAAACACGCUGAACCACAUCAACAACAACAGCAGCAGCAGCAGUUGCAACGGCCCAAUCAUGAUGGUAGGUACAGAUCGUAUCAGGACACCGCCAUCACCACCCGUCACACCACCACCGUCCACUAUCGGUCCCACAGCGAUGGGUAACGGUCGCAAAACCCUUUCGGUGGCACGACACUAUCACUAG